CAGUUAAAGUGGCCUUGAUGAAAUGAUGCACAUACAGAAUACAGAACUGAUGCUUUCCAGGCCCAGUCUAAAGGUGUUCUUCUGUCUUGGCUUCUUUGUGUUUCACUCAAAUACUACAGGCAUUGUCCAGAUGAUACAAGUGAAAGCCAAAGUAGGGGAGGUGGCCACACUCCCUUGUGAUAAUGAUAUACAUUUAGACAAUCCCCUGAAGCACUACGAUGUCUACUGGCAAAAAGAUGUUGGCUCCGAUAAAACAGAUCAGGUCGUGAUAGCUUACUGGAAAGGCAAAGAAGAGAAAAAAGACCCACAUUUCAGUAACAGAACCACGAUGGACCAGCAGAAUUUUACACUUUGGAUUUCCUCGGUGAAAGUGUCAGAUGAAGGCAAAUACAAGUGCAUCAUACUGCAUCAUAAAUGCACUGAGUUAUACUUAUCUGUGGUGGCUGACUUUAACAAACCUGUCAUACAUGCUCAUCUACCUGCCUGUGGCUCAACAUUAUUGAAACUGACAUGCUCUUCUCAUGGGGGAUAUCCAGAGCCUACCAUGUCAGGGCUUCUGAAUAAUAACAAAGUGGAAUGGAUCCCUAUUUCUACAUAUGACAAUCAAACAGAACGCUUCAAUAUUACCAGCAAGUUGCAGCUCAAUGUGACUGAAGAUAUAUAUUUUCUGUGCUCAGUUUCUUAUCAUGGUUUCAAAGCAUCUACCAGCUACAACUACACAAUACCAAAGGAGUGUUCUGUGGUAAAACCUCUGUCACACUGGAUUCUGAUUGCUUCAAGUGUGAGCAUUGUCUGUGUUGUGGUUUUGGCAGCACUGGCAAACAUCCAAUGCUGCAAAAGGCAUAGGUCUCUUUGCCACACCAGAUCUCUUCAGCCAGUAGCAAGAAGUGAAGUCAUCACUGGUGCUGUUUUGACACCCCUGCAGUUCUCCAGUGGGACAUCAGAAAAAUAACCUCUCUGAAGAUACUAGGCU